AUGUUCCUUCUAGUUCAACUGCUACAUCUGGAUCUGAGAAAGAUUACCAGAUUCUACGAGUCGACUGAUACAGAUGCUUUCUUCAAAAAGGCAAAUCUUUUGGACCCUAAGAAACACAAAAAGAUUGAAGGAAAGUCUGACUUUUGCAAGAUUUGCUGCGAGAAAAAUCGCUUGAUUGGUUUACUUUGUAAUCAUUUAUUUUGUAGCGAGUGCUGGUCAAAUUAUCUUUCUAGCAAAGUUAAUAAACUUAUUAAAUGGUGCCCUGCUAUUGAAUGUGGUCGAGCAGUUAAAGUUCCUCAUGCAGAAUGCCGCCGUAUUGUUUGCCAUUGUGGUUUUAUUUUCUGCUUCCAAUGCCUUCAGCAAUGGCAUAAACCAGUAACGUGUGAUGUUCUCAGACGUUGGUUAAAGAAAUGUACUGAUGAUAGCGAGACAUCAAAUUGGUUGAAUGCCAACACAAAAGACUGCCCGAAAUGCCAGGUUACUAUCGAGAAAGACGGUGGAUGUAAUCAUAUGACCUGCAAAAACCUUUCUUGCAAAUUCGAAUUUUGUUGGAUGUGCCUUGGUCCAUGGUCACCUCAUGGUUUAUGA